AUGACACAGGAAAAAGACUCCAAGGACUCGUCUAAUUUCAAGCAGCGCCUGGAGAGAAGACCGCAUCCCCCUGGAUGGGUCCAGCCCAAAGCGCCAUACAACCCAUAUGACCCAGCCGAUCUGAGACCUCCACAAGGGUAUCCCUCCGAGUUUGACGAGACAAAUAAAAAGAUCUUUGGAAAAAUCGCACAGGAUUCGACGGAUUACACAAAGAUUCGUUUUGGUAUGAAACGGUUGGAGUAUACUCCCAAACCCCCCAGUGAGCUAUAUGCUGGUAGAUACAAGAUUCUGAGAAGAGUGAACACGAACACGCGGUUUGAGAGGGGUUCAAUGUUCGGUAUGAAGCUGGCAAUCUGGGCCGUGGGUAUUUAUGGUGUGUUUUUCGCGAAAUGGAACGAAUACGAUAACGUCUUUGCGCCGUUUAGGAGGGCACAGUUACAGUUCAGGUAUUUCCUUACUGGAACUUUGACUAAGGAAGAGAUGGCUGAUCUCUAUCCAAGACAGAAGAAGCUCCCAUCAAGACCGCUGAGUAACGAGGCGUUUUACGACCAGGAGAGGCGUGGUGCUAAAUCCAACUACGACAACGAGGAAUUCAUACUUGAUAGACCUGCGUUGAUCCACGAGGUGGAGGCCGAGAGAGUGAAACAGAUGGAGGAGGAGCGUUUGCUGAGGGCUGUUGACUUGGCAGAGCAACAAGUAAGUUUGAAACAGGCCAAGCUGGGAGAGGAAAGUAAGCAUUGGUGGAAGGUGUGGUGA